GUUGAGAGGGUAGAUCUCAAGGUGAGGGAAAUUCUCUAGGCCUCAACAUCUCGAUCAUAUGACUUCACUCACUGUCCAACCCAGUUUCCAACUCUACUUUGCUUGCAAUUCCAAGACUUCUCCGAGCAAAAAUGCUUGAGAGAAUGCUCUCAGCGCGUAGACCGCCGCUUCACAGCGACGAAGGAGAGGUUGAAGACGACGAGUCCAAGACCCGAAAGCACAUCUCUUUUGCCAUUAGGGUUUCCACCUAUUUGACCCGACUGGGUUACCUGUUGCCUUGUCUCCUCCUUGGUGUUGUUCUCUCCUGCAUCAUCCUGGUUUCCACCUGGUCCCGGAGGCUGGCGUGUGCGCCAUCGAGUGACGCCGCUUCUCGAUUCAGCUUUGGCUUCGACGGCCCCGACUCAGAUUUCGGAUCCCUUGGCGUUCCCUGGUGCAGAUCGAAACAUGGUAAAACAGUGCAGUGGACAUCCAAGGAUUUACUCAAGGGCUUGGAAGAGUUUGUACCAAUAUAUGAAACGCGGCCUAUCAAAAAUAACAUGUAUGGUAUGGGUUUUGACCACAGCUUUGGGCUUUGGUUCAUGGCUCAAUGGCUGAAGCCAGACUUGAUGAUUGAGAGUGGUGCAUUCAAAGGGCAUUCCACUUGGGUUUUGCGGCAAGCAAUGCCAGAUACUCGGAUUGUGUCACUUUCACCCCGGCAUCCAGAGAAAUACUUGAAGAAGGGGCCUGCUUAUGUUGAUGGGAAUUGCACAUACUUUGCUGGCAAGGAUUUUGUGGAUUUUGGAAGUGUUGAUUGGCGGAGUGUGAUGAAGCAACAUGGGAUUACCGAUCUCAGUCGGGUUCUUAUCUUUUUUGAUGACCAUCAAAAUGAAUUAAAAAGAAUAAAGCAGGCUCUGAAAGCUGGAUUCCAGCAUCUGAUUUUUGAGGAUAACUAUGAUACCGGAACUGGAGACCAUUAUUCCUUGAGGCAAAUAUGUGAUCAAUUCUAUAUUAGAGGAGGUGGGCAUAGUUGCUUUAGAGAUAGUGAUGAAGCCAGGGAGAGAGCAAAAAGGAAGAAAUUUUGGGAGAAGGCGGUGGACACCGACGAACUAUGUGGGGCAGGUGAAGAAUGGUGGGGGGUUAGAGGACAAAUGAGGGACAACUUCAACCACAGCAACAAGGAUAUUUCCUACACAGAACAUUUUAUGAACAGCAGAUUUGUGGAAUCAGUGCUUGAUGUCUACUGGGAACUCCCUCCAGUGGCUGGUCCUUCACUCACCCAUCAGUCAAGAUACGACCCGGCUCGGGUAUCCAGCCCCAUUGUUGAAGAUGGCAGGUUUGGGUUGUUCCAGAGGCUGGGUUUAGGUAGACUUGAACCUUUUGUAUUUAAUGGAUACACUCAGAUGGUAUAUCUUCAAAUAUCUGAACAAGAAUCUUAAAACCAUGCUCAGAAUAGAUGCAAAAUGUUUUGUUGUUUAGUUCUCCACUUCCUGGAACCUUGAGAUUUGUUUAUAUGGUUCUUUAGUUUGGUGAUACUUGAUUUUUUUUCCAUUCAGCUUCCUGUGACAUUCUGAAUGAACACAAUUUAAUGAUUUUUUACUGUCAAUUGCAUCUGCAGAAAUUCUCAUUCCCUUUA